AUGGCGACAGCAUAUCCCGCUGUGACCGACGAGAACGGCACCGUCACGUCUUUCAUAGCGCUUCCGACCGCCUUCACACCACCGACGAGCUGUUCGACCAUCUAUCGCCUCAACGGCUUCUCUCUCGCAGCGUAUGACCCAGGUUACGGCAUCGACAUUGACACCAGAGUACGAUGCGCGCCGCCAGCAGUCACAACGUGGUGGGAGCAAGGACGCCUCGGCCUCAACGACGGCGAGGGCCAUACUGCCGUUAGUAUCGGGCCUCUAGUAUGUCCUGAGCGCUGGGUGACGGUUGCGACGUCGGUCAAAAACGAUACGAGCAGUACACUUGCCAUGUGCUGCCCGCAAGACUACACUCUGAUCAGAGGUAUUGCCGGUUCGGUUGAAGGAGACUGCCGUUCAGAUCUCCUGUCCGGAGCAGUGAUCACCUAUGCAUCAACAUCCGCUCCAGAUACUUCAAGCUGGACAAUGGUGACGUCAACCCUCACCCAACCAGGUUUCGUUGGUGCCAUCGCAGUGCUGGGAUGGAAUAUCGAAGAGACAGCAGCCACUCCAAUAGCAAGAGUCACUGUCACUGACGCAACUCCAACACCCACAAACGCAGUCAAUGUCAAUACCCCCGCUCUGCCUCGAGAGACUGCAUCAACCACGACACUUUCGCCCUCAGGAGCGAUAUCGACGCCCGAGCCCGCAGCCCUCCCGUUGACGACCGCCAUUGGAAUCGGCGUAGGUGCUGUGGUAGGGGUCAUCGCGCUGGCCAUCCUCGGGUUCUUCUUUUGGCGUAGGAAGCGCAAGCAGCAGCGAAGGGCAGGAGAAACUGUGCCAGUCGUCGAAGAAUAUCAUGCGAGGCCUCUUGAGACGAAUAAAAUCACGUCUCCCGCGCCGCGAUAUCACGAGCUUUACGCCGGCAUCAAGGUCAGAUAG